GCCGUCGGUCGAGGCGAGCGGCGAGUAAAUAGAGGCAGGAGCGCAAAAUGGCGGCGCCGCCGAGUCCUGGCCGUGGCGCCGCGUCGCCGGAGCCGUUGGGCUCCAGGCCGGGCCCGGACGCGAAGGCUUCCCGCGGGUCGCAGCCGGCCGCCAAGAAAAUGAAGGGGACCGACGAGCGGAGCCUGAAGGGCUCCAAGCGUGUCAACGGCGAAGGGGGCGGCGGUGGAGGAGGAGGAGGAGGAGGCGGCAACAAGCAGCCGCCGGUGGUGCCGAGCUUCAGCGGCCCCGCGGCGUGGGGCUUCGCCGCGCUGCCCUCGGGGAGCUCGGGGGGCUUCGCCUUCCCCUCGCCGCUGCCCAGGAAGCUGCUGCCGCCGCCGCCCGCCGUGCUGCUGCCGCCCGCCUCGCCCUCCUCUUCCUACCGGCAGCACCAGCACCGCCACCACCGGCACCGCCUGGCUCUGCCCGCUGAGAGUGGUGGUGGCGGCUGUGGUGGUGGUGGUGGCGGAGGGGUGGCCGUCGUGGGCAGCGCCAAGGCGAAGAGGCCGAAGGAGAAGCGGGACAAGGAGAGGAGGAAGCACGGAGCCCUGCCCGGGGCCGGGGCCGCCGCCGUCGCCGCCGCCGCCGUGGGGGGAGAUGGCGGCGGGGCGCUGAGCGCGGCGGCCCGCGAGGAGAACGGGGAGGUGAAGCUGCUGCUGCAGAAAGCUCAAAUCAAAGAGAAAAUGAAAGAAAGGGAAAAGAAACAGAAAGAGAAGAAGAAGCACAAAAUAAUGAAUGAAAUCAAGAAAGAGAAUGGAGAGAUCAAAUUAUUGCAGAAAGCUGGGAAGGAAAAACCAAAAACCAAUGCGGAAGAGCUGCAGAUUAAAAAGGUUAAGAAGAAAAAGAAAAAGAAACAUAAAGAGAAUGAGAAGAGGAAGCGUCCAAAAAUGUACAGCAAAUCCAUUCAGACCAUCUGCUCAGGACUGGUUUCUGAUGUUGAGGAUCAGGAAGCCAAAGGCAUCAUAGAUGAUCAUCUUAAGGAUUUCAAUGGGAAAAAUAUGGAUCCCAAGAAGGACUGUGAGUCCAUGAUACCAGAGAACAGUGAGUUUCCAUUUGUCUCGUUAAAGGAGCCACGGGUUCAAAAUAAACUCAAAAGGUUGGACACAUUGGAGUUCAAACAGCUGAUUCAUAUUGAGCACCAGCCUAACGGAGGUGCAUCAGUUAUCCAUGCCUACAGUAAUGAACUCUCCCACUUAUCUCCUGUGGAGAUGGAGAGAUUUGCAGAAGAGUUUGUGGGUCUGGUUUUUAGUGAAAAUGAAAACUGUGCAGCUUACUAUGUAAUGGGUAUUGUUCAUGGGGCAGCUACUUAUUUACCUGACUUUUUAGACUACUUUUCAUUUAAUUUUCCCAAUUCGCCAGUGAAAAUGGAGAUUUUGGGAAAGAAAGAUAUAGAGACAACGACUAUGUCAAAUUUUCAUGCUCAGGUAAAAAGAACAUACUCUCAUGGUACGUAUAGAGCUGGCCCAAUGAGACAGAUCAGCCUGGUUGGAGCAGUUGAUGAGGAAGUGGGGGAUUACUUUCCUGAAUUCCUUGAUAUGUUGGAAGAAUCACCCUUCUUAAAAUGUACACUGCCAUGGGGAACGCUUUCUAGCUUAAAGUUAGAGAGUCGUAAAGACAGUGAUGAUGGUCCCAUUAUGUGGGUACGUCCGGGAGAACAGAUGAUCCCUGUGGCUGACAUGCCAAAGUCACCUUUCAAAAGGAAGAGAACUACCAAUGAAAUAAAAAACUUGCAGUACCUACCUCGAACCAGUGAACCCCGUGAAAUGCUAUUUGAAGACCGGACGCGAGCCCAUGCAGAUCACAUAGGACAAGGUUUUGAACGCCAGACUACCGCUGCUGUGGGAGUAUUGAAGGCUGUGCACUGUGGAGAGUGGUCUGAGCAGCCUCGUAUAACCAAAGAUGUAAUUUGUUUUCAUGCUGAGGACUUCUUAGAGGUAGUUCAGCGAAUGCAAUUAGACUUGCAUGAGCCUCCGCUCUCACAGUGUGUCCAGUGGGUUGAUGACGCAAAACUUAAUCAGCUGCGAAGGGAAGGCAUUCGAUAUGCCAGAAUUCAGUUAUUUGACAAUGACAUUUAUUUUAUCCCAAGGAAUGUUGUGCACCAGUUCAAAACAGUUUCAGCUGUGUGCAGUUUGGCUUGGCACAUCCGGCUCAAGCUGUAUCAUUCAGAGGAAGAACUCUCUCAAAAUUCAAGUACUCUUGAAGCAGGGACCUCUGCAGACCCCAAGUCUUCGGUUAUCGGACUUCAGACUGACAGCAGAAUUUGUAUGAUAAGCAAAAAUACCUCCGAAGACACCAAACUCUCAGAUGCUCUGCAGACAAAGUGUCUGCAGCAGGAAUUUAUGCCGAUAAAACAUGAACCUGUUGCAUCUCACCGAAUAAAAGAAGAAUCCAUGAAUGUUGAUCUUGCUGAAAAGACAGUGGUGCCUAAUGACAUCAGGGGCCAGGCUGUGCAGACUGGAUUGGAUCGGAUUGAAUUGGCGACGUUUAAGUUUGAAAUGGAUUCCAAAUUUGAGCCUGCCAACAAGGACUUACAAGGCAAGUUAUGCCCCGGAAGCCACAUACACCCGGAUGAUACCAGACAACAUAGUUCAUCAUAUCCAAAACUGCACGGACAAAGAGAAGAUGAUUUUUUGUGCUGAAUUUGUAUAUAUUGUUUUAAAUUCCUUUUUAAAUUUAAUGAUGUAAUAAUGUAAAGAUUCAUAAAUUCUGUGGGGCAAGUUUGUGACUUGCCUCCGCAUCUGUUACAGAAAAUAGUUAUGUAGCUUUGUAACAUUCCUCAGUGCCUGUCCAUAACUGUGAAGUAUCAAAGCACUUAGGGCCAGAUGCACUGUAAACACUGCAGGUUUAACAUAAAGAAGUCUUUAAAUAAUUUUGAGUUGUAGGUUUUAGAGUAGAGCUGACAUUUAACAUAUAUAUUUUUUGUAAGAUGAGCCAGAGUUGUUUUUGACAAUUCCGGGCUUUUCCAUAGAGCUUAUUUAUACCAAUUUUUUCAUUUUAAAUGUGUCAGCACUGUAGUGUAAAUAUCUUUUUUAAAGAUCUUUUUAGUGUGAUUUAUACUGAAAUGUGAGCCGCUUAAUAAAGGUUCAUAAUAACAGAUUGGUUUUAUUUUUGGAUCUGCAAAAAAUAAUUCAGUUAAACUGCCUCUCUAAAUGGUUUUGCUUCUACCUGCACUAAAGCAUAGGAUGCCCUUACCCCGUUGUGGCGUGAGGAGCUGUAGCAGACAGAGGUAGAGUUGAGGCAUUCUUUGUAAACCAAGAUCAGUCAGGAUGCAAAAUCAGUCCUCCCUUCACAGGGCUUCUUACAGCUGACCAUUGAAGGCACUCCCCAAACUACUGUCAUCAGAUGUUAAUGUGGAACAGAGGCAAGUGCUGCCCGCAGCCUUCCCACGUUGGGGAGUACGGUUGGGUACCGGGGGGUUCCAGGAGCACUGCCAGCAACUGCUGGCAUCUCUCUGAGCUGGGGCGAGGUGGCAAACUCCUUUUCGUGCUUACCUCCUCCCCCUGCACAAGCCAUGAUUAAGAAAGUUCCAUUUCACAUUUUAAAAAAACACAAGUCUAGCACUUUCCACCUGCUGGUGAGUUACCUGACUAAAUUAGAUCAAAGAAUGUUUUUAGAUGGUUACAACAGCCUCAACUCGAGCGGUGACCUGAAAUUCACCGAGGCAAAUUUAGAUUCGAACUGCUCCGUAUGCUGGUAGUGCAAGGCAGUAAGGAUACCGGCCGGUGGGUCUGGUAGGAAGAUCCCUCAUGAGUCCCAGUUAGGAAGUAAGAGUUGUUUCAUCAAGGGAAUGAUAGCGGUGGCGGAGUUAACUGUUCACCUCUCUCUGCUCCUGUGGAACUCCACAGUUCUCCUAGGCCGUAUUCUGAGGGAAGAGGAUUUCAAGGCUAGCUAGCAUCUGGCAUCUGAUGUGGUAAUGGCAAACACUCUGUAAUUUAACUUAUUUAAUUGUGUGUAACAUAUUAUUGUAUAGUUCAAACACAUCUGAACGAUAUUUCUUUUUCAGGUAGCUGUAAACAGCAGCAAACUGCCCUGCAGCCUGUCCUUCAACUAAGCAUUUAAAACUUCAGAGCAUAAGCCUGUUGUUUCUAAAGCCCUCUGCCCCCAUUUUUGGGGGAUUUUUUUCCCCACACCUUUCUCAUAGUUGUACAUCCUUACAUACUUAAUUGACGAUAUUUGAUACACUUCGUGAUCGCUCUGGCUUCCAUUGUAGCAAUAGAACAAUGUGAUUUUUUUCCAGGUGAUGUCUAGUUUAACUCCCCAAGGCCCUUUUGUUGCAAAUGUUUCUUGCUCAUAGGUUGUUAAAAUUCAGAUUGUUACCUUGUACUUACGCCUGGCACUAAAAUCAGCCAUUUAACUGAUGUGUGCCCUGUUGUGUUUAAAUGGAAGAUAGGUCUGUUGAGGAAUUAUUAAUUAAAUCAACCUUUGAAUUGCUAAACGUUACUCCUACAUAGCCAUAAUUAUGUAUUAGAGAAGCAAUAGAAACACAAAUCUCCUGGAUGUGGCUAAAUCCUACUGCUAUUGUCAGUAAUGCUGGUUAAGAGGUUACUGCCAGUUUUGCAGCCUCAGGGAUCUUGCUUUCCCCUCGCUCCAUGAGCAAGCAAAAUGGUUCAUGUGUGACAUGGUAAGUUACUGCUCCAACUUGUGCGGAUUUGAAAAACUAAUUGGUUCAUGUAAGGGUUUGAGCCUUCCUGAUAGAAACGUGGUCUCAGCUCCCACCGUGUUCCCUGCACUACCUGGGAAUUGCCACCACAAUCCCCUUGGCUUUGUGAGCACACGUACACGGUUACGUACACAGUUACGUAGCCUUCCGUUCCCUUUUGUUGUGCCUGCUGGUGAGGGCAGGGAGGAGCUGCAGGCUGUCAUUCUCAGCAAGCAUGCAGCUUUUGCAAUCUGUUAGUAGAAAGCUUCAGCUUUUUGAAAACCGGUCCUGAUAGAUCCUGAUUUUUUUUUUUUUUAAACUUUCACAUACAAAUGAGAUUUGAAGGGGGAAAAAGAAGUAUGCUGGUGAUCCAUCUGCUCAUUAUUCAUUCUGGUCAAAGUAUUUUUUGUCAGAUUUUAGUAAAAUGCAUACGUCCCGCUUGAUGGCAGACAGUUUUCUGCAUCAUAGGUCCUGUCUAGACUGAAGAAAUGCCUUUGAAAAUGGUUUAGCAAAUAUGACUUCACACCUAAGGGUAAAACUUAAUUUCCAUUUGGCAACCUGCUCGGUGGUCUUGGCUGAUAUGGCCUCGCACUUCUGCCCAGGUAUGUCUUGGUUCUGAAAAUUUGCUUCAGCUGCCUGUAUCUUCAGCCCCUUUUUUCUUUAUCACUUUCAGAAUUUUAAGAGAGAAAAGGAGCAACUCUUACAAUUUUUAUGCUUUGUUUUUGAGACAAACUAGAUCCUGAUUUUUAGACACAAUUCCUUGUAGAUGGACUAUGAAUAAUUCCGACAUUACCAAUGGCUGUCAAAACUCCCUUUGUAUUCCAAGCUGCAGAUAGUCUGGGCUGACUGGCAAUACGAGCAUAUACUUCUUGGUUUGCUUUUAAAAAAACAACACAGCUUUUUGUCCUCUGCCCGUGGUGUACUCGUUUUGACGCGGUCCCUCUUUAGGAGGGAGCACCUCUUCGGAGACGUGUUCAGCUCCCAGGUUGUUCGUUAGUCUGCCAAAAGCCUUUGCUCUCAAGUGCUCCUGUGCGAUAACCUCUCUCCCUGCCGCACACAGCUUUAUAUUCAGACUUCUGCUUCAGCAAUAAAUCUUUCAUGCCUUCUGAUGUACUGAAACUAGUCUUUGCUUGUUGCUUUUUUUCCCCUCCCUGGAUUUCAGCUGUGUAUAAAUCUUCCCGUUAGCUGGUACUUCGGCUGAAAUCUCCAGUGGUUCGCUUACCUCUUUCGGCCCUUGUUCUUCUGCAGGUUGGAGAAAUCUGCUUAAGGCUUCUUGCCUGUGCUGCAGUGGUGUCCCAUGUCCCAGCUCAUGACAUGAUGUGCACAACUUGAGAAAUGCUUUCCUAGAUGCUGGUACCAUACCUGUGGGUAGCAGAGAACUGCAUUGUUACUGUCACUACCAAUAGCUUUCAAGGUGGUAGCUACUUUAUUUUUCUCUUUUAAUUACCGGAGCUUUUGCAUUUCUCUGGCAACUGACUUCAUGCGUUACAUACAAGUGUUACUCGGUGUUGUCAUCCUCCAGCCCUCCAAAUGCCUGCGAACUGACUCUGAAACAGCAUUUUCAUUACAGGUACUGCUGGCAUGCAGAUUUUGCCCUUCCUUGUUACUAUAGUGAAUAUUUCAAUACAUCUUUAAUGGAAAUAUUAAUUCUAUCUAGUAUUAGAAAUAAAGUAUUAUUUCAGAGGGUGAUUUAAGUAUUCAUCUGUGAAAGAGUUUCUUGGUGAUAAAUAAAAUUGAUUUUUAAGCAAAUACACGUGCACAGUAAAUAAGUUGGCGUUGCAAAUAAUGUAGGAAGUGGGGAAAAAAAUAGAAGAAUGCUGUGAAAUGGAUCAGCAGAACAGUACAAACUUGGAAAAUUGAUUGAGUCUUCCAAGAAAUAUAGGAAAAACAUUCUUGUUGAAAAGUGACAAUUUUCUAAUAUCUGCGUGUGAAUAAGGAUGCUGAAUUGACUGAAAGAUCCGUGUUUUCUUUAUGCUCAUUGGCAAAAUAAACUGUUGGGGGCAGGGGGGCGGUAGAUUACCAUCGGACCCUAGCAGGAUGAAAGCUGUAUUCAUUCGGAUCAAAUGAUAAAAGAACUUUGCAGGCUCUCUGGUGUAAUUUCAUUCAUUUUCUUGUGGUCACAUCCUUAGAGAACCUCGUCUUUGGGCAAACGAGCACCUUUUUCCUAACCGUGAAUGUGUCCAAGCUGGAAAUGGAAAGGAUGGAUUUUCAUUUAUCUGUAGUUUGCUGUGAAUGGCACUGUUGAAAUUGAUUGUGAGUCCCUCUUACUUCUUGUUUGUUAAACUAAUAUUACUUUAGGUGGACAAAAAGCACUUUAAAAGCUGUGUAAUAGGUGAUACUGAUAUUUUGUGCAGAUCCCACUGAUUUUGCAGCGUACAUGAGAAAACUGGGGCAACGUUGACUUACUGAUUUCAUUUUCCUUAGAAAUACAAACCACUCUGUCGUGUGUGCAGCUUCUCACCCAGAAGCAGUGAUUGACUUCACAGUAUCUAGGUUGCUGUUCCUAUUAGAAUCAUCAGGGA